AUGGCUCAAUCUUUGCAACUACAUCGCGAAGAAUCCUACAACAAAUUACCCUGGGGCCAUGCUGAACUGCGUCGUCGCACGUGGUACACUCUAAUAGCACUAGAUUACCAAGGCGCCAUGGACCGAGGAAGUGACCUAAUGAUCGUUUCAAGAGGAUGGACAACCAAAAGUCCAACUGAUCAUGUUGACUCGGAUUUCUCGCUGGAAACGCCUGAAGUCCCGCCAAUUACGAUUCCUCCGACUAGCAUGGUCUUCUACAGUAUUCACUGCCAUAGCAACCGGCUCUUGAGAGAGCUGAAUUGGGUCCUACCAGGCGACGCAGAAAAGCCACCCACGCCGAUGCAGAGCUCAUGGAUGGUGAGGCAAGAAUCAAUCGCGCGACUUGAGCGUACCUUCAAUGAGAACAUUUUAGCACGGAUACCAGACAAUGGCGUGUUCCGCUUCGCCUGCAUCAGCUUCACCAAGGUACUUCUCAGGUGCGCACAAUUGUAUGCAGUCCGCCCCCUGCAGCGACAUCCUGCUUUGACCCAACCUCCUCCCGAACAUCUUAACAUAUUACUUCUCGCGGUGGAAGCACUCGAAGUCAAGCGGGGCUUGCUAAGUGAGACUACUGAGCCAUGGCAUUGGGUUAUCAAAGGAUUCGUGGAUUGGCACGGUUUGGCUGUUAUGCUGGCCGAGUUAUGCAAUCCUGACCAGUACGAUUCACAACUUUUAGAAAGAGCCUGGAAAGUUGGGCUGCUCUCGUUCGACGAGCUCUCCGGCCAGAUUGCAGAAGGAACUCAGGGUCCUCUGUGGAAACCAAUCAAGAAACUGAUGCGUAUCGCACAGAAGAAACGCCAGGAGAGAUCAAUAGUAACAUCGAACAUGAUCAUCCCAGGGCCCUCUGACGAUUUUGUCAACGAUUUGUCAACAUACACGACCUCGGCGAUGAAUCUGAUGCCAAUGCAACCAGUCAUGGAUGUCAACCAGAAUUGGAAUGCUGUAGCACCCGAUCCGUUACAGGCAUCUUGGUUCAAUUGGCAGUCCUUCACUGACGACGUCGCAGUGCUGAAUAAUGGAUACAGUUGGGGUGCGAUGGAUUUCGAUCCAGUUUUUGAGGGUCUGUGA